AACAGCUCAGUUAGCUGUCCGCUAGUUUUAUUUUCAUUUUCUUAUUCCACCCCCUGCCCCUUCUGCGAAAUCUCCAGAACUGCAAGCAGGAGGGAGAGAAUAAUUCCGCAUUGAAAUCCCAUAUUCUUAGAUUUUUACUCUAUAUUGAUUUUCUUUCUUUGGAAAAAUCGUAGCAAGUUUUAAGCUUCUCUUUUUUCUUUUGUCGGUAAAUAAUUUUUUUAGUAGGAAAAAGAAACAUUCUUGAAAGAGUGGAGCCAUCUGGUUGCAUUUCGUGGGAGAGAUCUGGGAUUUUGUUUCUUUACUUGGAGGUUUUUGGCUGAUUCUUGAUUUUCCGGCGGCUGGAGAACGGGUGACCUUGGUUUUCUUGAAUCGCAAGAAUUGAAAAUUCAUUAAUGGAGUUGGAGAGGAGUUUUUCCUUUUCAGAGACGCCAUUGAUUCUCGGAAGAGAGGGAAAAUAAAGUAUAAAGUUAUAGAAGUUACGCGCGCUCUCACUCUCUCUCUCUCUCAGACUGUACGCGUGGCAGUUGGGAUUGGACUCGUGUAAUGCCGUGGUGGAAGCAUUCUGAAACUGUAUCAGAAACAGGGGCGUACAGCUUUGUCUCAGAUGUGUAUCUUUGAUUUUUAACCCAGAUCGGAAAGAAUCACGGUUCCUAGAGAUCUGAGGCUCUUUUGCUUCAAAAGUGUUCAUAGAUUUUUGCAACCAAUACAAGCAACAAAGUAAGUUCAAUUAAAAAAUGAUGAGAAUGAAGACUAGACCGACAGGGAUGUCGCCUAUGAAUGGCGGCUUGAGAGUUGGUGGAGCCGCCGGCGGAGGCGAGACUGGGUCCGAGUGGGAGCUUAGACCAGGAGGAAUGUUGGUUCAGAAGCGAACCCCGGACUCUGAUGGGAACUCCAUCCCACCACCGACAAUAAGAGUUAGGGUUAAGUACGGGUCAACGUACCACGAAAUCAGCAUAAGCUCCCAAGCUACAUUUGGGGAGUUGAAGAAAAUUUUGGCAGGGCCAACGGGACUCCACCAUCAAGACCAGAAGCUGAUUUACAAGGAUAAGGAGAGGGAUUCAAAUGCAUUUCUUGACAUUUCUGGAGUGAAGGACAAGUCCAAAAUUGUGUUGGUUGAGGACCCAAUUAGCCAAGAAAAACGAUUGCUUGAGAUGAGAAGGAAUGCCAAGAUGGAGAAGGCUUCAAAAUCCAUUUCAGAAAUCAGCUUGGAAGUUGAUAGGCUUGCUGGCCAGGUGUCGGCUCUUGAAUCUAUAAUUUCUAAAGGUGGGAAAGUAGCAGAGAAAACUGUGCUUAAUUUGAUUGAUUUAUUGAUGAAUCAAUUGCUGAAAUUGGAUGGAAUCGUGGGUGAUGGGGAUGUGAAAUUACAAAGGAAAACGCAGGUGAGACGAGUUCAAAAGUAUGUAGAGACUCUUGAUAUAUUGAAGAUAAAGAACUCCAUGCCUAAUCACAAUGGGAAUCACAUACCAAUGCGGAAUCAGCAAAAGCAUAAUUCAAAUGAACAGAGACUAGCCCCAAUUCAAGAACAGCCCUCGAGGCAUUCCAAUGGGCAAACAUUAAUAACAAUAGAAGAGGAGCAACCGAGGCACUCGGUGGUUCCACAUCAUCAGAAGCAGAAUUCAACAUCAGGGGCAGUUGUGUUUACCACACAAUGGGAGACCUUUGAUUCUUCCCCUGCAUUAAUGCCGGUCCCUUCAACAUCCACCUCAGCCACAAAUAAUAAUUCAGUUCAACAGCCCAAGUUCCCAUGGGAUUUCUUCGACUAGGCUUUAUGCCACGGCCAUAUAGAUGUUGUUUUCUCCAAAUGUGUGUGGAUGUGCUUUGGGUUUGUGUCGAGUUUGUUUGUUAUGAUCUCCAUUCUUUGAUGUAUUUAGAUUUCUUAGCAUGAUCCUUGCCUUUAAACCUACCAUUCAGUUCACAAAUAAAUGGGGCUACUGGGAUAGUUCAUCAUUGAUAUUAACUCUCUUUUAUCCUCACAAAUUCAUUUGCCAUUUCUGUGUGGUUUUUGGUUUUGACAGUCAGUGAUAGAUAUAAGUAUAAUAUGUAUUAGAAUAGAUUAAUUUCUCGAGGUGUGUAAUUGAGAUGGAUGUGGAGGCAUCUCUGUUUGUGUUAUUAAUGAAACAGGAGUAGUUGAUGAUUAA